AUGCGGACAAACGUUGUGUCUUUGGUGGCCUUGGCUGCUACGGCUGCAGCCCUCGUUGUCACCUCGCCACGCAUGGGCGAAAGGAUUGACCCCGAUAUGCCUCUUACUAUCAAGUGGCAGUCUGUCUCAACGGACCCAGAUACUUUCAACAUUGAGCUGGUCAAUCAGAAUGUGUACCCUCCGACGACAGAGAUUGUGGCCCGGGAUGUAGACUCCUCUACUGGCUCCUACACCAUCGACGCGAAGACUUUCCCAAAUGUGGACACAGGAAAGGGAUACCAGAUCAACAUGCUUUCGCGAAGCAACGGCAUUCUCGCCCAGUCUGAGCAAUUCCGAGUCACUGAGCCCGGUGCACUUGCUAGUAGUUCUGGUAAGGAAACCAGCUCUGCGCUUGAAACUUCGUCUAUCUCUGCUUCGUCCACUUUGCUUUCUUCCACCGCGUCGACCAGUGAUCUUACUUCGUCGACGCUCGCUUCUUCCACGACUGCUUCCUCUUCUAUGUCUUCGACCGCUCACUCCUCCACCAACAUCCACAAUAUCUACCCAUACAACAUCCUAUUCCGAGACCGUGGAAUCCACCAUGACGCUUACCUUCCCCACUUCUUCCUCAGUCUCAUCAACAUUAACACCCUCAACUUCUUCUUUCAUAACCACAACCUCUCCUACCCCGACCAUAUCCUCCUCUUCAAUAAUCUCUACAUCCAUGUCCACACCUUCUUCUAUCUCAACUACCACCUCCAAAUCCAUUCCAACCUGGACUUCCACAUCAAGCACUAUCUCUUUUACCAAACCACACACUACCACCUCUCAUUCUUCUACCCACACUUCCACCACGCCUGUGACGACCAAGACUUCGACCACAACUUCGACCAGCACCUCCACCUCGACCCAUUCCACUACCACUGCAACCACCACCCGUCGCUCAACUUCGACUUCCACCUCGACGGCGACUGA